CUAUUUCUUUCGUUUUUGUUUUAUUUAUUAAUUAUAAUUAUUUGUUUGAUUGGUUAAACGGAGGCUCCGUUUCAGAUUGACCCGGUUCUGGAAAACGACAAACGGAAGAAUUGAACAGGUUCUGCGUUCCGUCGACCAUGAGCCACAGUUGUGGAAGCUUCUCGUACUUCAAGCUCGCUCCGUUGUUGGCACAGCCGAGCGGAUUUGAUGAUGAUCCAGGUGACAGAAGCAAGACACCACAGGCGGGGUUAGACCCCGAUGAGGCGAAAAGGAGGAGGCAAAAGGAGGGAGGAGGAGGAGGAGGAGGAGGCGGCGAGGGGGAGGGAGCAGAUGAUGAGCACGAGGGAGGGAUGUCAGAGUCAGAGCGUGAGAGGAAGCAGGUAAAGACGGAAGGAGGGGUGGGUGAGGAGGGGGGUAUACUGAACGAUCACGGGAAAACACGGGAAGGGGAGGAAGGGGAGGGAGGGGAUGAAGGGGAGAGCGGUGGGCAAGAGGAUACGGCAGGAAAGGAGCAGUCGCGCGGGAGUAUUAUGCCCGCUCGAUUUCCUCUUCCUCCUUUGAAUGAUCCGUCCCUGGGUUGGAUGGAUCACGCAAAGGGAAAGGGAGAAUUAGGAGAAGCAGGUGGUAGGAAAGAGUUCUGGGCCGACACUAUUCUGAGGAAAAGGCGCCGUCGUGGUUCGUCUGCCUCCAUGGCCCCCUCGAAGGAAGAUGGGAUGAAGGACUCGAUGGGCGCCGCUGAUGGGGAUGGCUCGUCUUACGUGGACACCAUUUAUAUCGAGGACGAAGAUGAUGACGAGGAUGAUGACGUGUACGUCGUGAAGGAGAAGAGGAAGAAGAAAGUCCAUCUCAUAGUGAUUGAUGAUGAAGAGGAGGAGGGAGGAAAGGGGAGGCGAUUGAGUAAUGUUAAGCUAGAAGAGGAGGAGGAGGAGGUCGUGAAGCAUAUGGUGGGCGACGCUGAGGAGGAGGAAGAGGAGGAGGAGGAGGAGGAAAAGGAGGCGGAAGAGGAGGAGAAGGAGGCGGAAGAGGGGGAGGAGGAAGGGGAAGAGGAGGAAGGAGAAGAGGAGGAAAGGGAAGAGGAGGAAAGGGAAGAGGAGGAAGGGGAAGAGGAGGAAGGGGAAGAGGAGGGAGAGGAGGGAGAGGAGGAGUUGACUGCGGAUGUGGAGGAAGAGGUGGGGGAAGAGGCAGAGGAGACGGAGAGAGAGGAGGGAGAGAAAGAGAGUGAAGGAGAGAAUGGCAUUUCGGAGCCACUAGAAGAUGAGGAAGGAUUGGGUGAUGGUGCUUUCGAGGAGUAUCUCGCGCUCGGUGAUCAAUCCGAUGAAGAUAUUGGAGGGAAGCAUGGAGCGGCAGCCAUCGCCAUCGCCAGAGGGGCUGAUGACGCAGCAGCAGGCAGUGAUGACGGCGCCGAAAAGGAAAGGUUAGCGCAAACAGGAGGUGGAGAAAUAGGAGAAGUGGAUGAUCGUCGUCUUCGGAACCUGCAGCCAUGGACUCCUGUGGGCAGAAAGGGCGUCUUCCUCAGAAGCCCCUUGCUUCAACUCCAUCAGGAUAUCGUUGAUUUUAUGGACUUUGUCACUCCAACGGAGCAGGAGCAGGAAAUGCGGUCAGCAGCUGUCCGACGUGUUCAAGAUGUUGUGACUGGAAUCUGGCCGUCAUGUAAGGUGGUUGUCUUUGGAUCCUUUGCGACGGGGCUUUAUCUUCCUACCAGUGAUGUAGAUGUGGUGGUGUUGAAUUCGAAUGUCGGGGCACCUGUGACAGGGUUGAGGGCGGUUGCCAGUGGUUUGAGCAGGAAUAGAGUGGCAAAGAAAAUUCAGGUGAUUGGCAAGGCGCGUGUUCCGAUUGUGAAAUUCGUCGAGAGUGAAAGCGGCAUCUCCUUUGAUAUUAGCUUUGACCUGAUGAAUGGGCCAGAUGCGGCGGAUUUCAUAAAGAAAUGCAUUCGGGAGCUUCCGCCUUUAAGACCGCUUACCUUGGUGUUAAAAAUCUUCCUGCAGCAACGAGAACUCAACGAGGUGUACACUGGUGGGAUCGGCUCCUAUGCCCUCCUGGUUAUGGUGAUGGCCAGCCUGCAGCUGCAUCCCAGUCGACGUGGCGUGAACAGUGUUGGCAUCAGGAACGCUCUGGAAGGAAAUCUUGGUAUUCUUUUGCUUGAUUUCUUCGAACUGUAUGGAAGAGGACUCAAUCUGCGAGAUGUGGGUGUUUCUUGCCGAAGUGGUGGGAGAUUCUAUCCCAAAAGAUCAACACGGAUGUUCAACCCUGAUAAGCCGUUUCUGCUGUCUGUUGAGGACCCCCAGACACCAGAGAAUGACAUUGGCAAGAGUUCCUUCAAUUUUUCCAAGGUGAGGGCUGCAUUUAUCCAUGCGUACACGAAACUGACUGCGGCUCAUGAUGAAGAGUGUGGUGGUGGGAUGUUGGGUCGAAUUAUUCGAGUGGACAAGAUACUAUCAGACAGGAAAAUGCCAGAACAGUCUUUACCCCCAUUUAUUCCAAACCCAACAACUGGCGGCAUAUGUGGUGAUUUCAGCAAUGUGCUUGAUGCCAUAGCCGGCGAGAGCAUGAAAGGGAGACAACGUGAGGAGCAAGUGGGCAAGAAGAAAAACAAGCGAAAGCGGAAACAAGCAAGUAACGAAGUGAAGAUGACGAGUGACCCAACAGGGGAUGCCCAGAGGCUAACAAAGAAACAGAGGAAGGCUUUGCGAGAAGAGCCCAGGGUCCCGAAGGAGGGGAAGGGUCCGAAAGGGGUAGGAAAGGACCGAGGAAUGAACAGGAAGUAUAAGGGGGGUCAUGCAGCGAGGUUUGCAGGCCAUCUCUGUCCCUCAGGAGACAGAACAUCCAGUGAAGGUUGCGGCGCGCUGCCGCUCUCCCUCCACUUGCCAACACUUGCAGUGAAAGGAAACAUGGAUCAGCUGGGAGUGUUCCCGAACUUGAAACGAAAAAGUUCAGCACCUAUCGGAAACGGAAGAAUCGGCGGAAACUCCGAGUGGCGAAUUGAAGCGGUGGAGGAGGAUUGGUUGUUACAAGCGCUCGCGUCAUCGAACUGAAAGUUGAGGCAGUACAUAAAUGAGAAUGGACCAUAAGGGUAUAGCGCAUGCAGAUCUGCUAAACAGAUCUGAAAUAUUAAGGAGAGUGUGCAAGCUAUAACAACCCUCUUGGGCCCGGCAGUAAGUUCCUGUUCGUGUAUUUUUGUGGUGCAGGUAAAGGAGAAUGGACUGUAAGGGUGGCGCAUGGAAAUCUGAAAUUUCAAGGGGACCAUGCAUGCUCUACCCUUUUGGGCCUAUUCAUGUAUUGUUGUAGUGCAGGGAGAAUGGCAAGUUGACGGGAACGGGUCAUGAGUGGAGUGUGUACUGCAUAGGAAACAGGGCUGGCAGUUGUGAGAACAGGAUUGAGAUGACAGCAGCACCUUAAAGGGCAGGCUGGCGGUGAUGGGAAGAGGAUUGAGAAGGCAGCACCUUAGAAGGCAGGCUGGCAAUCAUGGGAACGGGAUUGAGAAGGCAGCACCUUGGAAGAGCUUGCAAAAAACAUCGCAUGGUGUGCUUUGGCAUUGGAAUCUAGGUAAGCAGCGUUUUGAUCCCCCAGAUGGGUAAACUACGUGGGUUAGCAUUGUUGUGAUGUGGAUGGGUUGGUGCGCUGGAGAAUGGUUUGAGGGACUUUUUCCCAGGUCCGUUGUUGGUGGGAAUUUUUUCCCAGUUCCAUUGUUUGUAUCAUGGUUUUGUAUUCUUAUAUGUACAAAAGGCAGAGAAUUUGGAGCUUCUGUGUUCCUCUCUGUGUGCACUUGUAAAGAGGAGGCUUUUAGACUGACUGACUAUUUCAUACUGGUUCAAGAGCAAGUGUGAGCCGGGUGGGUUAGACGAGUGUUGCGUGUGUCAUUUGGACUGAAGUCUUCAGGGGGGUGCGAGGUUGAGGUUGUAUUUCAUGGGUGCCGUGCCGGAGGGGUGUUCCUGUGAGUUCCGCAUGGGUGUUAUAGGGAACUUGGUGUAUUGGCUCAUUGUUGGAGACCGCGUGGUUGAUAUUUGUGGCGGUGGGGUGAAGCACGCAAUUCAGAGGAUGUUCAGCUUUUGCAGAUAACCGAAACUCGCAACGCUUGGAGAGCAUUCAGGGUCAGCAGAAUGGCAUGGUUUGUAUAUCAAAGCGGAACAACCCUGAAUCGGUGCUGUGUAGUGGUGGUCAAAGAGGUCUGUGGGGGCAAGAUGGAGUAUAUUUGUUGCAUUUGUAAGUCGGAAGCGACACCUGACUUGGCAGUGUGGCCGUGCUGCUUUUGUCGCUCACUCUUUGCAAAGGUUGUCUGCCUGUGGGUGGAGAGGGAGGAGUAAAGAGGUGGUCUUGCCAGUUGACACAAAACGGAGAUGUGAGGGUUGGGGGAGGGAAGGGGAGGGGGGAGGGGUGGUGGGUGUUUUGUUAUGUCCACCAGGAAAACACACCCAAUGGUCGCUGUCUAUCUGGAUCCCAGGUAGAUUUUAUGCUCCAUUGGUUCUGGAGAGUUUCCAAGGCAUCAUAAAUGGUCAAGGCUGCCGGGUGUGGGGGAGGGAAGGGGAGGGGGGGGGCGGGGUUCCUAUGUCCACCAUGAAAACACACCCAAUGGUCCCCGUCUAUCUGGAUCCCGGGUAGAUUUUAUGCUCCAUUGGAUGUGGAGAUUUCGAGGCAUCAUAAACGGUCAAGGCUGCAGGGUGUGAAUUGGUAACAGCGCGUCUUCAACACUGUUUUUGUACCUUAUACUCAGGUCCAUGUCAUUUGUUCUGAGGCCUUCAGGGCAAACGAGUGUUCAGGGCUCAGGGCUCACGGCUCAUGGCUCAGGGUUGGUUCAUCAGUGUGCUACCUGCAGGCAAUGUGGGUUUAUUACGCGUGCCGGGCAGGUAAUCCAUGAUGAUUUUUUGUUUCAGUCUUCUCUAGCAGUUCCUGAUAAGCUUCAGAUCCGGCCGGGCUCUAACAAAACACGGCUAGCAUUUAUUGAUAAAAAGCUUCAGAGUUG